CUUGCUAAAACAAUUUUCUUCGCAACUCUGAUUUCUUUCCUUUUUAUUCAUUGUAAAUACUGGCGUCUGGAAUGACGACAGCAUUUAGUUUUAUUAUUUAAUUAAAAAUAUGCCAUUUUAUUAUCGUUCUGUUAAGGAUUUCUAAAAGAAAUGUGUUUAGUACAAAUCGUAUUUAUUUCAUUGCAAUCAAAAUUUUAAUUCUUUUCUUCUGAAGAAAAUAUAAAAAGAAGUGAUCUUCACAAUGUUCGGUGUGUUGGAUUAUUUGGUUUUUGCUGUGACGUUAUUGAUAAGCAUCGGAAUUGGCAUAUUCGUUCGAUAUAAACAUAAACAGAAGUCAUCAGAUGAAUUCCUUCUUGCCAGUCGCAGCAUGGAGGUUUGGCCUGUGGCCUUUAGCUUAAUGGCGUCCCUAAUGUCAGCAAUAACUUUACUUGGGGUGUCUAAUGAAAAUUAUCAGUUCGGUACACAAUUUGUCAUCAUUAAUAUUUCUUAUGGAAUUGCAACACCAAUUGCAGUUUAUUUGUUCCUUCCAAUUUUCUAUAAUUUAAGAGUAACAAGUGCUUAUGAGUACCUUGAAUUGCGAUUUGGAAAAUAUGCUCGUAUAUCAGCAUCUCUUGCAUACUCCACUCAGAUGAUUCUGUACAUGGGCAUUGUGCUUUAUGCUCCAGCCUUGGCAUUUGAAAGCGUAAUUGGAAUUGAUAAGAACAUUGCUAUCAUCAUGAUCGGACUGACAGUGAUUUUCUAUUGUUGUAUUGGUGGAAUUCGAGCUGUUUUAUUGACUGACGUUUUUCAAGCUAUUUUGAUGUUCGUUGCAAUUUUCCUUGUCAUAAUUUCGGGAGUUAUUCAUGCAGACGGAGUUGGAAAUAUUUUUAAAGCAGCGUCAAAUGGAAAUCGUUUGGAGUUCUUCAAUUUCAAUCCUGAUCCAACUACUCGUCACUCUUGGUUUUCACAAACAAUCGGCGGAUUGUUUACUUACUUAUCACUUUAUGCUGUGAAUCAAAUGCAAGUUCAAAGACUUUUGACAGUGAAGUCACUUAAAGAAGCGCAGAUGGCUUUAUGGUGGAAUUGGCCGAUACUUACAGCACUUUCAUUGUUGACGUCCUUCAGUGGACUUGUGAUUUAUUAUUAUUACCAAAACUGCGAUCCAUUAUUAGCUGGUCGGAUAACUCAGCGUGAUCAAAAUAUGGCAAUUUAUGUGAUGGACGCCUUAGGACACAUACCAGGCAUUGCUGGAUUGUUUGUCAGUGGCAUUUACUCAGCUUCACUUUCUAGUAUCAGUUCAUGCUUAAACUCACUUGCAGCUGUUACAAUUGAAGAUUAUGUGAAGCCAAUUUAUUUAUUUUUAAUGAAACGUCCGCUUAAGAUGUCACCACAGCGAUCGGCAUUGCCAUCAAAAAUCAUUGCUGGCGUUUAUGGAAUUAUUUGUAUUGGAACAGCUUAUCUCGCUCAACAUAUCGGAGGAAUUCUUCAAAUAUCUUUGACGAUAUUUGGUGUUGUUGGUGGUCCACUUCUAGCAUUGUUUACUUUAGGAAUGGGAACAAAACGUGCAAAUGAAAAAGGUUCAAUCAUUGGACUAGUUUUCGGAGUUGUCAUUUGCAUGUGGAUUGGAUUCGGUCAGCCAAAACCACCUCCACCGUACUUAGAAUUCUCAAUUCAAGACUGCUCUCAAUUUGGAAUUUUUAACAUUACGAAAAGCAUUCCAGAAGCUGUAGUCGCAAACGACUCAAAAUAUUUUUAUUUGUACAGAAUCAGUUACUUAUAUACCGUUGUGAUUGGAUUUGUUAUAACAUUCACAGUUGGAUAUCUCACAAGUCUUCUCAAAGGACAACAAACUUCUGAAGACAACGAUGCUUUGAUGAAUUACGAAUUGUACUUUCCACAUGUUGCUAAAAGUCUGAGAAAAAAUCAAGCAAAAUUAUCGAAUAAUUUACUUAAUAACGAACUAACGAUAACGAAAUUAUAAAAACGAAAAUACAUUAAAACGUUAUUGCUGGGCAAAAGCGUUGAACGAAUCAGGUCAACAGAAACUCUUUGUGGGCAGCCACCACAAAAUAAAUUUACUUAAAGGAAAUGUUGGUCACAAACUAGAAAUUAAACUUUUUAUUUAGGUGAAGGCAUCAUAAUAGUUUAUUAAUGUUUAAAUUGUGUCUUGAUAUACAAAAUUAGUAUAGAUGUGAAAACUUUGAUCAGAAAAAAAACGAGUCUUCCAGCAAAGCUGUUAUUAAACAAUAUUAAAGACAAUAAAUGUAAAAAUAAAGGAAUAAAUUGUAAAUUUAAACAACUUAAAUAACACAAUAAAUUUCGAAAAGGAAAUAGAAUAAAAAUAAUUCAAAAAAGAAAAUGAAAACAUGAAAUUAGAAUUUCUUACUAUAAUUCAAUUUGUUUCUUCUCAGUGAGAGCUCUUGCUGAAUGAGUUAUCAUUGGAAUAUCAAAGUUUCGCAUUUUUGAAGCUCUUUUGAACCCAACAUUGGAAGAUACUGUGAUUGCAUGAUGAUAAAUACCAAAGGCGAAAAUUCUACGACUACGAUCUUUGAUUUGAGCUGACAAUUCUAAAUUUAUGAUACUUUCAGGAUGUUCAACAUCUGGGAGAAUUUUCAAUCGAUUUUUAAAUUCUUCAGCACGUUUCUUUUCUUUCGGACCAGCGAGAAGUUUCACAAUUUCAUCAAAUGACUUCACAGCUGUUUCACAACAAAUAAGUUCUUUUCCUUCAAAAACGUUAUCUAAAAUGGGCUUUAUUGGAGCUUUUCGUUCCAUUACUGCUUGUUCAUUUAUAAGUUUUUCAUUGAAACUGAAGUAAGAACCACCAUUAGAUAAUUCUGAGACAUAAGCCAACAUUGUUGUAAUAUCGACAUUCAACUUUUUAAUUUCUUCUUUACACACAUUAUCAAAUUCUUUAAACUUUCGGCCGAGAAUGAUUCCUUUUUGUUCCAAUGCUAUUUCUAAUUUGUCAUCAAUUGGAUUCAAGAAAUCAAAGACGACUUUAGGAGCUCGGAAAAAAGCCAUUUCUGAUGAAGCUACAUCAAGAAAUUCAUCAGCAACAGCCAAAAUGUCUUUCGACCCAUAUUCACAUCGACCAAGAACUUCAUCUUUAAUUGACUCAGAAUUUCGAGCAAUUAUUUUUACCCAGGUCAGAUUAUCGUUGCAAAUGAAAUCGAUUCUGAUUGAGCGUUCAUCAUUGUGUUUUCUCAUAGUGGAAAUUGAACUGAUGUCAUCAUAAUUAUAAAGUGAGUUGACUAAAUGGCUAAAGAAAUUGAGAUUGGUACAUUGGAGCUUUCGGGUAACAUCGAGUUCAUCACAGUUUUUGAGACAUCCAGCUUUAAGCUUUAACAAAAAUUUCAUUUCUUUGUCGAUAUUUCGCUUUGUUUUCAAACCACCAUCAAUUUCAAUGAAAUCAUUUUCAAGUUUAUCAACCAAGGAUUUAGCCAAUGUUAUCUUUUCAUCAAUUAAUUCAAUUAAUUCUUCUUUAGUUUUAAGAUUUUCCAUAAUUUUGUAAACUUGCAGCUGACUGCUAAAACGCCUUAAACAAUAAC